UGGUUGCAAGGCUUGCCCAAAGCCGAGCUUCACCUCCACCUCGAAGGCACCGUCACGCCCGAGACCCUAAUCACAUUAUCAGUACGCCAUGACUCGACACCGCUUACUCUACAGCAAGCCCGCGAGUUGUACGCCUACAGAGACUUUGUGCACUUUCUACAUACAUUCCGGCUUGUUCUUGACCGUCUUCAGACACCAGAGGACUAUGCCCUGAUUGUCAAAGAGAUGAUGCGGAACCUGCAUGACCAGGGCGUUGUCCACGCCGAAGUCUACAUUUCAUGGGGGAACAUCCUGCAUCGGAAGCCUCACCUUGACAUAGAAGAUGUCAUGGCUGCAAUUGAGCUUGCGAGGACUGAAGUUCUCCGCGACCUUGGAGGUCCGUCUAUUUUCUGGAUCGCAGACGCAAAUCGGGCCUGGAGUGUUCAAGAGGCUGGCCAAGUCUUUGGACUGGCGGGAAAGCUCAAGGAGCGCUUUCCUACUAUCGUUGGAAUUGGUUUAGGUGGUGAUGAAGUCGGUGGACCUGUUGAAUGGUUUGAGCAAGUCUACGCUGACGCCAAGAAGGCGGGUCUGCGGCUCACGGCUCAUGUGGGAGAGGCCACAGGCCCUGAACGGGGACCAUCGCAGAUCCGCACUGCACUGAAGAUGGGAGUAGAGAGAAUCGGUCAUGGCUUGGCUGCACAGCAUGAUGAGAGCCUCAUGCACUUUCUCUCCAAGCAGAAUCUUCCAGUGGAGAUCAAUAUCACCUCCAAUAUCUUGACUGGCUGUUGCCCCUCAGUUGAGGUUCAUCCGCUACCGAAGUACCUGGAGAAGGGUAUGUUCUGUAUACUCAAUUCAGAUGACCCAGCCAUGUUUGGUUCUACAUGCCUAGAUGAGUACGUCCUAGCUAGCGAUGUGUUCUCCCUAGAUCUUGAGGCGAUGCGGGGGUUGGCUCGGAAUUCGAUCACGGCGAGUUUUCUUCCGGAAAAGACCAAGACACAGUUCUUGUCAAGAAUUGAU